AGGUUAUUUCCCAUACAUGUGGUAAAAGGAUUUAUGAACCGCCCAGGCGCGAUUUGCAACGCGGGAAAUACUUGCAAAAAUAGGAGCACACAUUGUAUCCACAUUGACAGUGUGAACACAAUUUGUGUAAAUUCAUGAAUUUUUGUACCAUAUUUUUUAUAAAGAAUUGUGGCACGGUUUUCUACGUCUUUGGAAAUGAAUCCUAUUUUCACUCCUGAUUGAAUAGCUGAAUUUUGUGGGACACUUUCGGUCUUAUAGCUACCGAACCCAACUUUUUGCUAAAGUUAGGUUACUUGAUAGCAAAGCUGGGUAAAUAUCUAUUUCUUUAGAUGGCAAGUGAUUCCUGAGCAUUGUGAUACAAUUUGAGAUUUGAUCAGCUUUUGACACAUUCGUCUUUCAUCUCAACGAUGGCCGAGAACAAGCAUCCUCAAGUUAUUUUUUGCAACGACUCUCCAAAGAGGGUCUUGGUGUCUGUGAUCAAAACCACCCCGAUCAAGCCCAGGAAGAACGAAUCUCUGAUAGCGACCAGCCCUGGAUUCAGCGACUUCAUGGUGUACCCGUGGAAGUGGGGGGAGAACGCCCAUAAUGUGAGCCUGAGCCCGGGCUCCGUAAACGGGGCUGCCUCCCCUACCGGGACCAACACUGCCAGCGAGGCGGACAUGGGUGCCUCCCCAGACCAGAUGAAGGACAGUAAAGAGGACGCUAUUCGGCGUGGCCGCCCGCGUGCUGACACUGUCCGUGAGUUGAUUAACGAGGGGGAGAGUUCCUCCAGCCGCAUCCGCUGUAACAUCUGCAACCGUGUGUUUCCUAGAGAGAAAUCCCUACAGGCCCACAAGAGAACACACACAGGGGAGAGGCCUUACCCUUGUGACUAUCCUGACUGUGGCAAGGCUUUUGUCCAGAGUGGCCAGCUAAAGACUCACCAGCGCCUUCACACCGGAGAGAAGCCCUUUGUCUGCUCUGAGAAAGCCUGCGGGAGUCGCUUUACCCACGCUAACCGGCACUGCCCAAAGCAUCCAUAUGCCCGUUUGAAGAGAGAAGACCCCAAGGAGGGACCAAACAAGGCCCAGUCUGUAGACAACAAGGCUGUGGCAGAGUGGCUGGCAAAGUACUGGCAGACCCGUGAGCAGCGUGCCCCUGUGCCCACCAAGGGGAAACCCCAGGGCAAGGGCGGGGUGGAGGACCAGGAGCAGCAGGACCCCCGGGAGUUUCUCCAAUCAGAUGAGGAGGAAGAGGAGGAGCCAAUGGAGGAAGAGAAGUGCAACGGGGGUGGGGCUGCCAAACGGAGUCUCCAAGAGCAACGGGAGCGUCUCCAUGGUGCCCUGGCGCUCAUUGAGCUGGCUAACAACCUGUCUGCCUGAAACCCUACCCAUAUCCCAGUGUUGAAACCCUCCCCAGUCACUCCCCUUCUGCCUCCCUGCACAAUGUGUUCUGGGUAGAAGUUGUCUGUAGGGAAACAUCUAGGAUAAGCUUACCCUCCCCAAAUACUUAACCAUUAAUGGGGGGAAAUUCUAAGCGGAACUUAGAUCAGUAUCUGGGGUUCUUCUCCAUGUACAUUGUGGGGCAGGCACAAGCUAAAAGCACCUUAUCCAGCUUCCAAUUGUAUCCUUAUUAGGCUGCUAAGAUUGUAGAUCACAGGUGGCUGGUGGCACCUUAGUUGGGGAGGACAGGCUCAUAAUAAUGGCUGGAAUGCAAUAAAUGGAACAUUCCAUUCUCUACAUUCCAGCCAUUAUUAUGAGCCUCCCCUCACCAGCCUCCUGUGUUGUAGAUGUCAAUAUAUGAAGAACGUUUCACUUUCCUCUGCCUUCUAAAGACUGGAGGAGAUGACCUUUUAAUGUUUAGUUUGUUUUGUUUGCACUUUGGUGGUAACGAGUUAUUUGUUAUGUCUUUUACUUUUGACGAUAAAGUAUAUUGUGUGAGUAUGUUUAUAUAAUGGAAGUCUAUGUAGAUUUAGCUCAGAUGGAUGGAGUGAUACAGGGUGCGGUCAGUCAUAGGACAGUUUAAGUGUAUCUAAAUACUGGAAAGUGGAUUCCUCUCCUGAUUCUCUGAUCUGGACUGUGACACGAUAGGUGAAAAUGCAAUGUGGUGGAAGCCUAUCAGGGGAUUUCGCUUCCACUUGUCUAGUUCUUUCAGAUCAGUGCAGGUGAAGGAGAGUAGAUGAGGGGAGGAAGUCACUGUAGAGACUAUUGAGAUGCAACCCAUUGCAAGCCUAAUCUACAGUAGUGGCUAGCCACAAGCUUUCACAAAAAUUCAAUCUCCAACCCCUUCACCUAUUAAAUGUAUCACACCCAGAACUGUAGCUAUAACCCUGGAGGGACAACUCUUGUCCUGGAGAGCCGCAGCUCCAUAUCAGCCCUUAACAAACCUGAUCUAGAUGAUCAUCUUAUCACAGGGAUUUAGACCACAGUUAGUUGGGUCAGGUGUGUUAGAGCUGGGCUGGAACAAAAGCCUGCCCAUGCUAUGGCUGUGCAGGCCUGGCGUUGGCCUUCUCCACUCUAACCAAAUUACAUGGCCAGACAUACGGAAGAGGAGUAUUUAAAGUCAUUAGUGUCGCCACCUUUUAUAUUAAAAGAUGCUGGCUGAUUGGAGAUACGGACUUGUAGCCCCAUUGGUGGUGUAUGUACAAGUCUUCUCUAUAAUCAACAUUUCAUAGGUAUUUAUUUCAUCAUGUUUUUUUGUCCUUUUUGUUAACGAUCUGCUAUCACAAGCUGUCUCCGAGUACUGACAAAUAGUUCCAUUGAAGAAUAUAUUGAUCAUCGCCUCCCUAAAAUGAUUUAGUAUCUAUCGACGUCAACUUCUAGCCGUAAGAAUUGUACUCCCCUUUGCAGCAGCACGUGUAUCUACAAUAUCUGCUACUAAGUUUUGCAUUCAUGGAUUAAGCUUGCAAUGUAACAUGUUUCCACCUAUUAGACCAGUCUAGAGAAAUGGGACAUGUUUCCACCUAUUAGACCAGUCUAGAGAAAUGGGACAUGUUAGACCAGUCUAGAGAAAUGGGACAUGUUUCUACCUAUUAGACCAGUCUAGAGAAAUGGGAUAUGUUAGACCAGUCUAGAGAAAUGGGACAUGUUUCUACCUAUUAGACCAGUCUAGAGAAAUGGGACAUGUUUCUACCUAUUAGACCAGUCUAGAGAAAUGGGACAUGUUAGACCAGUCUAGAGAAAUGGGACAUGUUAGACCUGUCUAGAGAAAUGGGACAUGUUUCCACCUAUUAGACCAGUCUAGAGAAAUGGGACAUGUUAGACCAGUCUGGGGAAAUGGGACAUGUUAGACCAGUCUAGAGAAAUGGGACAUGUUUCUACCUAUUAGGCCAGUCUAGAGAAACGGGACAUGUUUCUACCUAUUAGACAAGUCUAGAGAAAUGGGACAUGAUAGACCAGUCUAGAGAAAUGGGACAUGUUUCUACCUAUUAGACCAGUCUAGAGAAAUGGGACAUGUUAGACCAGUCUAGAGAAAUGGGACAUGUUUCUACCUAUUAGACCAGUCUAGAGAAAUGGAACAUGUUUCUACCUAUUAGACCAGUCUAGAGAAAUGGGACAUGAUAGACCAGUCUAGAGAAAUGGGACAUGUUUCUACCUAUUAGACCAGUCUAGAGAAAUGGGACAUGUUAGACCAGUCUAGAGAAAUGGGACAUGUUUCUACCUAUUAGACCAGUCUAGAGAAAUGGGACAUGUUAGACCAGUCUAGAGAAAUGGGACAUGUUUCUACCUAUUAGACCAGUCUAGAGAAAUGAGACAUGUUAGACCAGCCUAGAGAAAUGGGACAUGUUUCCACCUAUUAGACCAGUCUAGAGAAAUGGGACAUGUUUCCACCUAUUAGACCAGCCUAGAGAAAUGGGACAUGUUUCCACCUAUUAGACCAGCCUAGAGAAAUGGGACAUGUUUCCACCUAUUAGACCAGUCUAGAGAAAUGGGACAUGUUUCCACCUAUUAGACCAGCCUAGAGAAAUGGGACAUGUUUCCACCUAUUAGACCAGUCUAGAGAAAUGGGACAUGUUUCCACCUAUUAGACCAGUCUCGAGAAAUGGGACAUGUUUCUACAUAAAGGAGGGUGUAAUGAAUACUUGGCGUUGGCAAUGUUUUAUUAUUUGUUAGCAUCACUACAUCUCUUAACAUUGUGUAAAUUGCCAAUUGUUUUUAUAUAUAUGUUUUUGUUGUUUUCAUUAGGUUUGUGCUUCCUGCAACACCCAGAUGCUUUGUUGGCCAUAUGUGAUUAAGUGUUGUAUCCCACUGGGCACAUACUGGUUGAAUCUACGUUGUCUCCAAGGCAUAAAAAAAAAAACGAUGUUAUGACAUUGAAUCAACGUGCAAAACUGAUUAGAUUUGGAAAAAGUCAAAAGACUUUAGGGAAUAUUUGUCUAUUUCACCCAGCUUUUAACCUAAACGACAUGGUUCAAAUGUUUGUUGAUAUAUAUUUCUUGACAACUCAAUCGAAUAUAAAUCUAAACUAAACUCAGCAACAACAAAAAAACGUCCUCUCACUGUCAACUGCGUCUAUUUUCAGCAAACUUAACAUGUGCAAAUAUUUCUAUGAACCUAACAAGAUUCAACAAAUGAGUCAAACAGAACAAGAUCCACAGACAUGUGACUAACAGAAAUUGAAUAAUGUGUCACUGAACAAAGGGGGGGGGGUCAAAAUCAAAAGUAUCAGUCAGUAUCUGGUGUCGCCACCAGCUGCAUUAAGUACUGCAGUGCAUCUCCUCCUUGUGGACUGCAUCAUAUUUGCCAGUUCUUGCUGUGAGAUGUUACCCCACUCUUCCGGUGAUAUCUGGUGAGAACCUACCUUACAACAGGCCUACAAGCCCUCAGUCCAGCCUCUCUCAGCCUAUUGCGGACAGUCUGAGCACUGAUGGAGGGAGUGUGCGUUCCUGGUGUAACUCGGGCAGUUGUUGCCAUCCUGUACCUGUCCCGCAGGUGUGAUGUUCAGAUGUACCGAUCCUGUGCAGGUGUUUUACACGUGGUCUUCCACUGCGAGGACGAUCAUCUGUCCAGCCUGUCUCCCUGUAGUGCUGUCUUAGGCCUCUCACAGUACAGACAUUGAAAUGUAUUGCCCUGGCCACAUCUGUAGUCCGCAUGCCUCCUUGCAGCAUGCCUAAGGCACGUUCACGCAGAUGAGCAGGGACCCAGGGCAUCUUUCCUUUGGUGUUUUUCAGGGUCAGUUGGAAGGCCUUUUUAGUGUCCUAAGUUGUAAUAACUGUGACCUUAAUUGCCUACCCUCUGUAGGCUGUUAGUGUCUUAACGACCGUUCCACAGGUGCAUGUUCAUUAAUUGUUUAUGGUUCAUUGAACAAGCCUGGGAAACAGUGUUUAAACCCUUUACAAUGAAGAUCUGUGAAGUUAUUUGGAUCUUUACAAAUGAUCUUUGAAAGACGGGGUCCUGAAAAGAGGACAUUUCUUUUUUUGCUGAGUUUAAUGUUGAAUUGACAUCUGUGUCCAGUGGGAUGACAUGUCCAAUAUUUUUUUUUGAUAGAGCACAGGCUAAACUGGAACUUAGUUAAUAAUCAAAACAACCCAAGUGUAGUGUAUAUAUCUUGAUGUAUUUUGAACACUUUGUUGAUUAUUUGGUUAAAAAGUUAAGUUUUGGCAGUUAAUAUAUUCCACAACUUGUUUGUUUGAAAAAGAGAAAACAAAUCUCCUGCACACAAUCUACAGUACAAGAGCUUUGAAGUUGAUGUUUAAAUGAUGAUGAAAUUCACUCUCCCUCACACCAUGUUAACAGACCAUAGCAUUGUGCGUUUUAGGCCUUAAUAUGAAAUGUUCUGACUUGCUUUGCAGAGAUGACAUUGUUGAUGUUUAAAACAGUUUCUCUUUAUAGGCAGUCCACACUGUUGGUACUUGUUGGUCUUCAAUAAACACCAUCAAUGAUCAUGA